AAACCAGACUAUCCCAGCGUUCCCAGCAUACCCUACUUAGUCACGUGACGCGAUUCUUCGGUCCUUUUUUGCGGUGGUUCUGAGCGUGACAGCAGCUCCAAAUCAUUAUCUAAACAUUCAACAUGGGAAAGGAAAAGAUUCACAUUAACAUCGUCGUCAUUGGCCAUGUCGACUCUGGAAAAUCAACUACCACUGGUCACUUGAUCUACAAGUGCGGUGGUAUUGAUGAACGUACUAUUCAGAAAUUCGAAAAAGAAGCUCAAGAGAUGGGCAAGGGUUCCUUCAAAUACGCCUGGGUUUUGGACAAACUGAAGGCUGAGCGUGAGCGUGGUAUCACAAUUGAUAUUGCUCUCUGGAAAUUCCAAACUGACAAGUUCUACGUUACCAUCAUUGAUGCUCCUGGACAUCGUGAUUUUAUCAAGAACAUGAUUACUGGCACCUCACAGGCUGACUGUGCCGUGCUCAUUGUUGCUGCUGGUACUGGUGAGUUUGAAGCUGGUAUUUCAAAGGAAGGCCAGACUCGUGAACACGCUCUUCUUGCUUAUACCCUUGGUGUCAAACAGCUCAUCAUUGGUGUCAACAAGAUGGACAGCACCACUCCACCUUACAGUGAGAGUCGUUUCAAGGAAAUUGAGAAGGAAGUCAGUGGAUACAUCAAGAAGAUUGGUUACAAUCCUAAGACUGUUGCCUUCGUGCCAAUUUCUGGUUGGGUUGGUGAUAACAUGAUUGAGGAUUCACCAAACAUGCCAUGGUACAAGGGCUGGGCUGUUGAACGUAAAGACAAGGAUGGCAAGGAAGAAAAGGUUUCUGGCAAAACUUUGAUCAAUGCUCUGGAUAGCAUUCAGCCACCAUCUCGUCCAAGUGACAAGCCCCUCCGUCUGCCCCUCCAGGAUGUCUACAAAAUUGGAGGCAUUGGUACAGUGCCAGUAGGUCGUGUUGAGACUGGUAUCAUCAAGCCUGGCAUGGUUGUAACCUUUGCUCCCACCAACGUAACAACUGAGGUGAAAUCUGUAGAGAUGCACCAUGAGGCCCUUCCAGAGGCCACCCCUGGUGACAAUGUAGGCUUUAACAUCAAGAACGUCUCUGUCAAAGAAAUCAGAAGAGGCAACGUUGCUGGUGACAGCAAAAAUGAUCCACCAAAGGCCACCAAGCAGUUCCAUGCUCAGGUCAUCAUUCUGAACCACCCUGGUGAGAUCAAGAAUGGCUAUGCGCCAGUGUUGGACUGUCACACUGCCCACAUUGCCUGCAAGUUUGCUGAAAUCAAGGAGAAAUGUGAUCGUCGUUCAGGCAAAAAGCUGGAAGACAAUCCCAAGUUUGUUAAAUCUGGAGAUGCUGCCAUGGUUGACUUGGUCCCAAGCAAACCUAUGUGCGUGGAGGCUUUCCAGGAGUACCCACCCCUUGGUCGCUUUGCUGUUCGUGACAUGAAACAAACAGUAGCUGUGGGUGUCAUCAAGUCUGUUAUCAAGGAAGAUGCCGCCGCCGGUAAAGUUACAAAGGCUGCAGCCAAAAAGAAGUGAAUAGAACAGGAACCCUUGCCUACGCUGAGAGGAUUUAAGAAUGCCUAUACGAAGAUUUUCUUGAAUGGUCGACAUAGAUUUUGUGAAAAACCUAACAAGUCUCGAAACUACCACCAUUAUAGUAGCAGUGAUGAUAUUGCUGCGAUUUAUUUUAAUUUUAUGCCCAUUAAAAAGCUGACUCAGUUAAUUUUAAUUUCUUGGUCUAGGUGGCUUUUACAGUCAAAAUUGCACAGAAAAGAGUUCAGGAGGAAAAACGUUUAAGCCUAAGUUAAUUUUAUUCAAUGUGUAAAAAUAAACGUUCGUUUUAAGUGUAAAUUAAAAUUUACCUUCA